AUGCAUUUCAAUCCUCGUCUUAACGAACGUGCACUCGUUCUCAAUACAUAUCAUAGUGGUAGAUGGGAAGACGAGGAACGAGCCACCGUCAUUUUCCCAUUCAAGCCAGGCGAGAUCUAUACGGUCGAGCUUGUAGCAAGCGGUCGUAAUUCUGUUUAUGUAUACGUGAAUGGUCAACUGCUUUACGAGUUCCGCGAACGUCAGUCUGGCAAUCAAGUUUCGUCAGUUGAAGUUUCAGGAGACAUCGACAUUCACGCUGUCCAUGUAAUUUGA